UAUCGUGUGCACUGUCCUGCCCACAAAGCGCAGCUCUGAUAUCCAACUUGACCUGACCUGGCGUGUAAUCCACAAAGUCAUUUUUGCUUUGGUCAACAAGAUCUCGACCGAUCACAUCAUCUCUCCUCCUCGUCCUCUCUCUCUAUCUCUCGAGCGCUCAUCCGAUUGCGCGACGGUAGGCACCGGCGCGCCGUCCGACCCGGGCAUUAGAGUAAAGUGAACGUUGCCGCGAGGAGGCAUUGGCAGGGAGGGAGGACUCUGUGGAUGACAGGCUGCGAGAGAGAGAGAGAGAAAGAGAGAGAGAGAGAGAGAGGGGGCGAGUACACAAUCGCGCUGAGAAGCUCAAGCUCCAACUCCGGCUAGACGGAACCCCGACUUGUUUACCUUGUACCGGGCGCAGAGGAGCACCGGUGGGGAGGCACAACCCAAAAGAGUCGCGGGAGGGGGGCGUCUAUCUGUCUGUCUGUGUGUCUUCCUGCCAGUCUGUCUAUCUGUCACCACCAUGUCAGCGGCAACAGCUUCAAUAGCAGACGUAUCCAGGACUGAUAUCACAAACAAAAAUGACGGCCGUGACCGGAAUAACUCAGGUCAGUUCCAGGCUCAGUGCACGCCCAUACCGCUGCCUGCCCUGGGCACCCAGAAGAUCAUCCAGGGUAACGGCACCAAUGUGGGCACAGUUAUUUCCCUGCAGUGCCCAGCCAAACACAAACUGGUAGGGAGGGAUCUGACGUGUGUCAUGGAUGCCAACAGCACCCACUGGGAGGGGGAGACCUAUUGUAAACCUAUGGCUUCCUUUGACGACUACGGUUUCCGUGUAGCCGUGUUGGCAUCCAUCGUGAGCUCGGCCAUCAUCUGCUUCAUGUCCGUGGCCUUCCUCACCUGCUGUUUGCUCGACUGCAUCAAAGAGGACAAGAGGAAAAAACAGGAGAAUGAGUCAGAUGUGUGGCAGUGGGAGGAGCAGGCCCAACAUCAGGAGGACAACAGGUCUCGCUACAGCCAUAAAGGCAGGAACAACAACAACAACACCCAGGAGAAGCUGCACUCUUUGUGGGACACCCACAACCCCGCCAUGUGUGACAACAUGCGAGGCUGCAGGUGUAAUCAGGAGUAUGCCUACGGUCCCGUCCUAACAUACGGCCGCACUCCUCCACUCGCUGCUCUGCCCGGGCGAGACUAUGACCAGCCUCUCCUACCACAAAACCCAGAGUCUGCGCAGAUCCCCGGCCCACCUCAGUACCCCGGACCUCCUCUGUCCUCUGGUCAAACUACGAGCCCUGGUGUGGUCCAGAUCUCAGCAGUGGGCUCCGGUUUGGUGUGGCAGUACGGAAGGCCGCAGCAGAGCGGUUUGCCAGGGGCCAGCCCGUCAAUCACGGGCGAGCCCAACACGAGGAAUAUAAACCCUGCCAAAGAAUUUAACAUAAGGAUUAUAUCAGUGUGAGGACAUGUUGAAAACCAUCAGUCAAGAACAUGAUUAGUGACCAAAUAUGUACAACAGUGUCAGCUUUAUCAAUGAGGACUACAGGAAGUAAUAACUGAACAUUCCUGCUCUUGCUGAAAUUGUUAUGUCUGCAGUUCAGCACAGUAUGAAGGCUCCAGAGGCAUACUGAUCUGAUCAGACAGAUUUAUGUGCCUUUUGUAAACUGUAAUGGCACACUGCCCUCUGUCUGCAAAGGGGAGCCAUUGCACUUCCAGGACACCAGCCUUUGUUGGAUGACACUCCCUUGUAAUUAGAAGGUCAAGGGAUUUUCUUGACCUCAGUUGAGCUCAAAUUAAAUCGUUGUGAUGGGGGUCAAGUUUAACGAUUGAGGUGUUUAUGGGUACGUAGUUCAGACAACGCACUGUGAGGGCAGCUGGGGAUGUUCUCUGAGAAACUCUUUGUCAGGGCAGGAAAAGUCCACUUUGCUUGGGGGGUGGGGUGCGGGGGGCAGCUGGACAGCACUGGACUGGUGUGUGUAUGUAAAUAUAUAUUGUAAAUAUAUAUUUUUAAGGAAUGUGAAUCAAUUAAAGACUUUUACUUACGGUGAGUGAGACUGUAUUGCAAUGGAAAGAAGGCAGCUGUGUACAUUUUCCUCUGAGGGAUGAAUGCAACUUUACAAGUCAUGAGGCAGCACAGUGAUUUUGACUGUUCAGUGUAAUAAUGUAGCUUCCACACAGGAGAAAUGGUGAGUGUAUUAUGGAAGAUAAAGGCAGCAUAUUGUUGUUGUUGUUAUAAUUAUAAUUAUAAUAAUUAUUAUUAUUGUUGUUAUUAUUAUUAUUAUUAUUACUCGGAAAAAGGCAACGGAAUAAAGUGUUAAAUGACA